AUGGACCAAGAGCCCGACCCCGGUGAGCGGCGCCCCCCGUUGCCUCCCAGACCACCCGCCGCCGCUUCUCCGGAUUUCGUGGGGCUCCAGGGGCAGGCCACGACUGCGGUCACGUCCUUGGAUAUCCAGACGCUGUCCUUUCCCGACGGCUCUCGAGGCAUCUUCUCCUCCCCGGGCCCGGGAAGUCCCUUGGCCAGCGGGUACGCUUCGCCCGACGACCGCAGGUCGAGUCCGGGGAUCCCAAGCAACGACCUGGAUAACGAUGACGCAGCGAGCGUCACCAGCCUGGCGCCAACUAUGCGCCCGGCCGCAGACAUUGCCAGCUUGCUCGCUGGAGAGCUGCACAAGAAGAGUCCGGCCUGGAGCAUGCUGCGAACACAAUCGGCCGCUGUCGCUCCGUUCGAGCUCCGCACCUCCAGCGGUCAUGAUCGGCUGUCCGCCUUCCACGACGAGUUUACGCCCCUUCCCGACGACGAGGAUGGGAAAGUGGAAGAUACCGAGAAGCUGGCGCGCUGGAAGGCCAAGCUGAAGCACUACAUGAUUCUGUCUGCGGCGGGGAAGCCCAUCUGGAGUCGGCACGGCGACCUUGGCCUCAUCAACUCGUCGAUAGGCGUCGUUCAGACCAUCAUAUCCUUCUACGAGGGGGCCAAGAACCCUCUUCAAGGAUUCACGGCAGGCGGCACUCGCUUCGUCGUAUCUACCCAUGGCCCGCUCUACUUCGUGGCCAUCAGCAAACUCGGAGAGAGCGACUCGCAACUCCGGUCCCAGCUCGAGGCGCUGUACAUGCAGGUUCUCUCGACUCUCACGCUUCCAGCCCUGACAAACAUAUUUGCCAACCGGCCGUCCAGCGACCUGCGCAAGCCCUUGGAGGGAACCCAGUCCUUGCUCUCAUCGCUAGCAGACAACUUUACCAAAGGCUCCCCGUCGACGCUCCUUAGCUCAUUGGAGUGUCUAAGACUCCGCAAGUCACAAAGACAUGCCAUCAACAACACAUUCUUGAAGCAGCGAACGGGGAAGCUCCUGUACGGGCUCAUCGUAGCUGGCGGGAAGCUAGUCAGCGUCAUCCGCCCCCGGCGGCAUUCGCUCCAUCCCAGUGACCUCCAGCUCAUCUUCAAUAUGCUCUUCGAGACCGAGGGCAUCCGCAGCGGUGGCGGCGAGAACUGGGUCCCCAUCUGUCUCCCGGCCUUCAACAACAGAGGCUAUCUGUACAUGUAUGUCAGUUUCCUCGACGAGAACAUGACGAACGAACGGCAGGACGGCGGUGCACAAGACAUGCCCAGGCAACAGUCUCCGGAGGACGAAGUUGCCGUCGUCCUCAUCAGUACCGAUCGGGAGGGCUUCUAUGACCUCCAGCAGAUGCGGGAUGCCGUCACCCACCAGCUAUCCAGGAACGGGGGGCUCCGCAUCAUACAGGAGGCCGUCCGUGCCGGACGCCCCAAGCUGCCCCUCAUUGCGCCGGGGGCGCAAGUAAGCCAUUUCCUGUACAAGUCCAGAGCAAACGUGCAGUUCUGCAUGGCCUCUCUCGAGCCUCACUUCACCGGCCUUGUCCGGCGCCGGAGACUCAUGUCUGUCUACCACGAGCUCCACGCGUCAGUCCACGCCAAGCAUUCACAUCUCAAGGUGCUUCACCGCGUCGCCGAGGACGUCACCUCUCUGGCGUGGGUCACGCCAGUAUUCGAGUUCUACUGCGUUGCGGGCCCCAACGUCUCGAGAGCGGCUAUAACACAGGGCGCCAACAAGAUCAUCCAAUGGGCCAAGAAAGAGGAGGAACGGCUGUUCAUCAUCGGCGGCGGCGUUUUCUAG